CUUUCCUGACGACAGUGGGGGGUCCGCCUGGAACCUUAUAAGCUGGAUAUUUUCUGGAGAAGCCACUCAGUCUAGAAGUGAACUUAUCAGUGUGAUUGUGUUCUGUGCAUUCAGCAGUUUGGAAUAAUAUUAAAAAUGAAGAUCGACAACCAAAAGGAACAAUCGAAUGGAACCAGUAAUGGCAAUAACCCCGAGGAUUUCUUCUUACAAGCAGAUCAAAGCUUUGAGACAAGGGCUAUUCACGAAGGCCAAAGUCCAGACCAAUGGAAAUCAGGAGUUAUCGUUCCUCCUAUCCACACUGGAUCUACCUUCAAGCAAGCAGACCCAGAAGAACAUAGUGAAUAUUUUUAUGGAAGGAUUGGAAAUCCAACAAGAAGUGCCCUAGAAACUUGUAUUGCAAGUCUUGAUAAAGCCAAAUACUGUCUAACUUUUGCUUCUGGUCUCGCAUCAAUCGCUGGAGUAGCAGGACUUCUCAAAGCUGGUGAUCACGUCAUCUGUGGAGAUGAUCUUUAUGGUGGCACGCACAGCUACUUCAAGAAUAUCGCUAAAGAUAAUGGUGUAGAAGUUGACUUCAUCGAUACAACAGUUGUUGAAAAUAUGGAAAAUGCCUUCAAACCUAAUACCAAGAUGGUCUAUGUUGAAAGCCCUACAAAUCCACUCCUGAAGAUCAUGGACAUUCCACGUCUUGCGGCAGCUAUUAAGUCUGAAUGUCAAGAUAUCAUAUUUGUUGUGGACAAUACAUUUUUAACUCCAUACCUUCAGAAUCCUCUUUUGAUGGGUGCCGAUAUUGCUGUUUAUUCACUGACCAAAUACAUGAAUGGUCAUUCCGAUGUUAUAAUGGGAGCUAUAACUACCAGCGAUGAUGAAUUAUACAAAAAAUUAGCAUAUAUUCAACACAUUGCAGGAUCUAUUCCUUCUCCUUUCGACUGUUAUCUCAUGAACAGGAGUUUGAAAACUUUGUCAGUAAGAAUGGACAAACAUAUCGAAAAUGCGACUAAAGUAGCCAAAUUCUUAGAACAACAUCCUCUAGUUGAAAAAGUCCUCUAUCCAGGCUUGGAAUCUCACCCACAAUAUAAAUUAGCCAAAAGGUUAUGGCAUGGUCCUUCUGGAAUGAUCUCAAUAUUCUUGAAAGGAGAUCUGGAAAUGAGCAAAGCGUUUUUGAAAGCUUUAAAAGUUUUCGCUCUUGCUGUGAGCCUAGGAGGCUUUGAAUCCCUUGCUGAAUUACCAACAACAAUGACUCAUGAAAUAGUUCCGGCUGAAAUCAAAGAAGAAUUGGGAAUCACCGAUAAUCUGAUAAGGUUGUCCAUCGGCCUGGAAUCAGCAACUGAUCUUAUUAAGGAUAUGGACCAGGCGUUGAAAAUAGCUGCCAAUUUCUACGUACCCUCAUAAUUUAUAUUUUUGUGGUUUGGCUGUGAUUUUUACUGUGUUAAUUUAUGAUUGUAAUUAAUUUAUUUAUAGAUAAAAGUUAUUUAUUUAAUUUAUUGAUACUCUAUGAUACCCCAAGCUCAUUGAUUUAUGGUUUUUAAUUGAUCACUUGAGGCAAUAUCAAGAGUAUGUAUAAAAAUGUAGUAUUUAUUAUUAGUGAAGCUGAUAGAAUUUCUUUUUAUAUAAUUAAGUCUAAUUAUAAUAAAUGAAAUAAUUAAUAUUUUAUCAAUGUUUGUAUUUAUAUUGCUGUAAGUCAUUUUAAUUGUUAGCAAUUAGCAGCAAUUAAGUAUUAAUAAUUUUGUGUAUCUAUAAACAAUCAACAUCGAACCAAAUAAACAAACAUUAUCUUUAGUUUCUACUUUUUUUUUUCCAACUUCCUUGGCUGGUAACAGACACAAAUAGUCAGGAUUGUGAAAAAUCAUUAUAUUUUUUAAAAGUUUUAAAUAAAUCUUCAUGUCAUUUUAAAUAAAUUUCAACUAAAUAUUAAAAUGUUCCAUUUGAUUUUAAGUAAAUUUUAAAGAUUUAAAAUAAAUAAUACUGUCUCUCCUCCCAAUUUAAUACAAAACUAUUUUUACUUUUUUGAAUAUGUAGAAUAAUACAAUCUACGUCAUAAUCUAACAACAUAAGUAAUAAUUUCGCAUUAAAUGAUAAUAACUAUUAGCAUUGAAAAAAUUAAAUAAUAAUUAAAAUACCUCAGGCUACUAACAAUGAAGAACUCGAAACCUGAUUAAGUAUGAUAUGAUAGGGGUAUAAAUAUUACAAAAAAUGUAUAAACAUUGUAAAAUUGGUAUACAAUAUUAUAUAUAUAAUUAAUUAAAUAUAUCUAAUUAAUCAUAAUUAAGAAAUAUAUAAACCAUUUAAAAAAUGUCAGAUUCUUUCUUCAACUUGUAGCUUAGGCUGAUUCUCCAUUUCUGCCAAAAAAUAAGUUUUAUAUUUGAUGUCUUCGAAUCGGAGAUUUUUAUCGACUAAUUUAACUUUCAGUCUUCUUAUUAUUUUCGAUAAUGCAAUUUUCAUUAAUGUUAUUCCAAAAUACUCACCUAAAAUACACAUAUAUAUUUUUGGCAUAUAGUUAUUAUAAAAUUUAAUGUAGUAAAAUUAUUAACUAAUCUAACGAGAACAUUCUCAUAUCUAGAUAUAAUUCAUCCAACAAUUCAAAAUUAUAUACAAUUUAAAUAAAUCAUAUAGAUAAUUGAAGUGGGAAAUCAUAUAGAACUUACUAUCAUGAAUCAUGAACUGUUUUUUAAGAUUUGUCUUCAGUACUUUGAGACAGUCUCAUGUGUCCACCUAUAUGCUGAAUCAAAGUGGCUCUUCCCCUCUUCCCGCCGCCAAUACUUCCUUGGAAAUUUCUUAUACCAAACGAUCAGCUCCCAGCACCCUUCCUAUAUCUGCUGUCUCCUUCAGCCUAAAGCCUCAAUCCACUCAAUAAAAACGAGAUCUCGUAUUUCUGACCUCUAUAUCGCAUCCCAUAGGACGAAAACCUAUGAAUGUUCCUUCUUAGCCCGCUGUGUUUACCUUCUGGAAUUCCUUGCCACAUAACAUCUGUCAUGCCUCUUCCCUGUCAUCUUUCAAAUACCUCCUUGCAUUCCAAUCAGAUGAUCCGCAACCAUAAAUUUCAUUUUAAGAAUUGAAUUUGUAAGAAGUAAAUAGUGGUGUCUAAUGUUUAAGUUUUAGCAUAAAACAUCACUGAUUUUUUGUCACCUAAUUUAUUUUUACUAUUUAUUUGCUUUUCUCUUCACGUCAGGUUUUUCUUUUUUCUCUCUGGGUAUAUAUGUUUAUAUGUAUGUAUUAUAUUUUUUAUGUAUUUUUAUUUUUCUAUAUUUUUCUAUUUCAACUAUAAUCACGCUUGAGAAGAUUUUUUGUUUAACUGUUAACAUAUCAUUUCAUAGAGUUAGUUUAUUAAUUUAGGCUAAUGUGUAUAUUUCAACAUCUAAACCAAUGCCUUUCUGUUAAUACUUUUGUUAUCUUAUUAUAUUAUUGUUUUAUUUUAUUAUUUAUUUAUCCAGGUUAUACUUUUUGUCUCUCUGCGUACCAAUAUGUGAAUGUAUGUAUAUAUAUUUCCUUUCUUUUUUUCAUUACGCUACAAGCAUUCCUGAGAAGAUUUUAUUAGAUUUUGUAUUAAGUUAAUUUUUUAUUAGUUAGCCUAUUGUUUAUAAACUGUGUAGUUAUGUAUUUAUAUAUAUGUAGAUAUGUAAUUUAUUUAUUUUUUUUUUUCUUCCAUCACAAUAAUAAAAAUUUUUUUUUGCUAAUUUUUUUAGUGGUUACAUAAUAUUUUUUAAAUUAAUGUAUAUAAUGUUAGAAUUUUUGUAAGUUACUUUUUGGCCAGAUUUGUAUUUGUUCAUCAUUGUUAUUCUAAGGGAACUUAGUCCCAGAAUAA